AUGUGGCAAAUAAGUGAAAUUCUGGCUUCGGCUGAUGAGCAUGCAGGUGAAUAUUCGUUCGGUGGACUAGCCCAAACUCUCCCAGUCGUUCCUGGAUUAUUCGUCAACAACGUCGGAAGCAUUCCUUUGCCUCUUGCCCCAGACCACGCAGAGAAGCUAAUCGCGAAAUGUGCUAAAUCUCCUUUCGGACACAACAUGGACACGAAGAUGGACGAAAGUGUCCGCAAGAGUUGGCAACUAGAACCUGAUCAAGUGGAGCUCAGAAAUCCAUUGUGGCAAAUAGGAAUGGAGACGCUGACAGAGACGAUCGCUACUCGUUUGGGUUACAAGGGUGUUCCAUUGAACUGCGUCCUCUACAAGCUGCUGGUGUAUGGAGAAGGAGGCCACUUCCUGAAACACCAGGAUACUGAGAAGGAGGACGGAAUGAUUGCGACAUUGGUAGUCCAGCCACCAAGUACUCACGAAGGCGGCGAUUUGAUACUGACGCUACUGCAGCCUAUUUUCCACAUUACGCCGUGCACUAUUCGGAUGCUGAACACGCACUGGAGGAAGUGA